UCUCAGUGAAUCUUCAGCCUCACCUGCUGGUCAACACACAGCAGUGCAGACAAACAUGGCGGCCCCCGUGAGGACAUUGUGCUGUUCAGUGUUGAGGCACUCCAGCCGGCAGCUCAGCACAACAUGUGGAGUACAGGCUGGAGAGAAAUGGAGGAAAGAACAUGGACUUCCCCGAAGCGGCACAGAAUAUGGCCCCCUGACAGAUCUGCCUGAUUGGUCGUUUGCAGAUGGACGAGCAGCGCCUCCUCUGAAGGGACAGCUGAGAAGAAAGCAAGAGAGGGAAGUUUUAGCUAGACGUAUUGUGAUGCUGAACUCGGAGGUGGACAGAGGGAUAGAGGCGUGGAGUAAAAAACAGGAAGAGGCUGCAAGAAUGCAGGAGCACAAGAAGUCUCUUUUACUCAAACCUAAAGGGAAGCUGUUAAUGAAGACAAAAUCUCAAAGUUAGAAACAUGUCAUCGUAAUCAAAAACUGCUGCGAUCGGUUGAUAGUCAGCAUAUCUAAUGUAUUUAUGAUAUCCUUGUGGGUUUUCUCCUGCUUCACAGUAUGUGUUUUUUACUUUUCAUGAAUUCCUGCACUAAAUGUUUGUUCUGAUUUAUGCUUUAAAUAUGAAUCUGUUGUCCAGUAAACGAGCGUUGGCGUGUA